AUGAUCCGCCAGCAAAAGAAACAGAGAUGGAAUAUUUAUCUUGAUAAAUAAAAGGGGAAUUCUCUAGAUCUACAUGAAUUUUAAAGGACAGCAUAUAUUAUUGAAAACUAGAUUAAUUCUUUCUGGACGUUAGGUUGAAUAUGGCAGAUUUUUUCAAAUCAGCUUUGGGUGGAAUUAUGGGCACUGGUAGUGCACAAUCUCGAGAAGUGAAUGAUUUUGUGGGUCAGAUUGUUGAGCUUGGCAACCAGAAACUGAGAGUCAAACGCCUCAUAGCAGAAGGUGGUUUUGCGUAUGUAUUUGUUGCUCAGGACACAGCUACUGGAAAAGAGUAUGCUUUAAAGCGCCUGCUGGCUAAUGAUGAAGAAAAAAAUAAAGCAGUUUUGGAAGAGAUCAAAUAUUUGAAAAAGCUAUCAGGACAUCCAAAUAUCAUCCAGUUUAUCUCAGCAGCUGCUAUUGGUGCUGACCAGUCCGAUCAUGGCCAGUCUGAAUAUUUACUGUUGACAGAGCUUUGUUCAGGUGGGCAGCUAGUGGAUGAGCUAAAUCGAAGAGGUCAUCCAUUGCCCUUUGAUCAAGUGUUGCGUGUGUUCUAUCAGACUUGUAGAGCUGUGCAUCAUAUGCACAAUCAGAAUCCACCUGUUGUUCAUAGAGAUUUAAAGGCUGAAAAUUUGCUGCUCAGUUCCCAAGGUGUCAUUAAACUGUGUGAUUUUGGUAGUGCUACAACACAGACUCAUAACCCAGACAGUUCUUGGUCAGCUAUUCAAAGAAGUUUAGUGGAAGAUGAGAUCACUAAAAAUACUACGCCCAUGUACAGGGCACCUGAGAUGCUUGACUUGUACCAGAACUAUCCAAUAAAUCAAGCCUGUGAUAUAUGGGCUUUAGGUUGUUUGUUGUUUAAAUUGUGUUUCUACAUACAUCCAUUUGAAGAUUCUGCCAAACUUCGUAUCAUCAAUGCCAAUUAUGUUAUACCAGAGUCUGACACAGAGUUUGAAUUACUGCAUGACCUCAUUCGGGGCAUGCUGAAUGUGAAUCCUGAAGAUCGUCCACUUAUAAGUGAUAUAUUAGAAAGAUUGCAAGAAAUUGCUCAAGCCAAAGACAUUAAUCUAAAAGAGCCUCUCAGAUUCCAAACAAUGUCUCAAAAUUUUAACCAAGACAAUGGUGAUACUAGAAGAUCAGGGAGUAACAAUUCCUCAAAUAAUCCUGGAUAUGAAAGUAAUUUUGGUGUUGGAUCAGCUGCAGGAUCUCUGUUUAGCUCACUUAAAGGCGGUGCUGGCAGUAUGCUUAGAAAUAUCAAGGAUGCGUCUAGUAAAGUUAUGGAAACUGUGUCAAACACUAUGAAUAAAACAGACUUGGAUAUAUCUUACAUUACUUCCAGAAUAAUUGUUAUGCCUUAUCCUGCUGAAGGUGUAGAAUCUGCAUUUAAAAACAGCAUUGAUGAAGUUCGAGCUUAUUUAGAAUCCAAGCACAGAGGCUCUUAUGCUGUAUAUAACUUAAGCCAAAGAAGUUAUAGAGUGGCUAAAUUUGAAAACAGAGUCUCAGAAUGUGGAUGGGCAACUAAGAAAGCCCCACCAUUGAACAAUCUGUUUGCCAUUUGUAAAAACAUGCACUUGUGGCUACGCCAGAAACCUCGAAAUGUUUGUGUUGUGCAUUGUCUAGAUGGAAAAGCUAAUUCUGCUUGUAUAGUAGGUGCUUUUCUAGUGUUCUGUCGACUUUUUGAAAAUGCUUCAGGUGCAAUGCAUUUAUUCACUGCUAGACGUUCUCAGCCAGGCAUAUGUCCUUCUCAGAAAAGAUACAUUGACUACAUUGGUCAGAUGGUGUCUGAUACUCCUUGUCUACCACACUCCAAACCAGUUCAGUUGAAGUCUAUCACAUUGCGGCCUCUCCCUUUGUUUAAUAAAAUGAAGAAUGGUUGCACACCUUUUGUAGAAGUAUAUAUUGGUGAGGACAGACUCAUGUCAGGAUCUCAAGAGUAUGAAAAAAUGAGGCAGUUCACACUUGAAGAUGGUAGAGCAACACUACCUUUGAAUAUAUCAGUAACUGGUGAUGUGACUCUCAUUGUCUACCAUGCACGGUCAACAUUUGGUGGAAAAAUUCAAGGCAAAAUUACAUCAAUGAAAAUAUUCCAAGUACAGUUUCACACUGGAUUUAUUCCUGAUGGAACUUCAGAGAUUCAAUUUAAUCAAUAUGAAUUGGAUCAACUAGACACAGCUGAUAAGUAUCCAGACAUGUUUACAGCUAUCAUCUCGUUGGCUGUAUUGCCUAAUGAGAAAAGUCCAACUGAAAAGAAACCAUGGGAAAACUUUCCAAUUGAUAAGCUUACCCCUAAAAUUUUGUUUUCUUCGAAAGAAGAAAUUCAUCAAACCUUUUCAGAAUUUGGCAUUUCUGAUCGUGCUAAAACAAGAAUAAGUCGAGCUUCUAGUUUUGAUUUAGAAUCAUCAGAUUCUCCAACUACACCAGUUAAGCAAGUCAAACCACAAGAGAACAAAGUUGAUCCCAUUAAAGUAUCAGCUAAUGGUCGUCCUGUUGGCAAGAGCAAUUUUUUUAGCACAUUAACUUGGCAAGAGGAUGGAACAGAAGCCCCUCCAGCACAGCCUACUGAAUCUGAACUGGGCUUGCUGCACAACCAGUCAGAUGAUGAAGAUGAUACUUUGAAAAGCUUCUCUCAGUCCAGAAGCACUAAAGAAGGUUCAGAAGUACCAGCAGGUUAUGAAACAAUCAACGAAGCACCAAGAGCUAAUGCAGACAUUGUUGACUUCUUCACUGAUGAAAUCAGGAAUGAAGACUCAGCACCGAAACAGGCUGAAGUAGUUGAUCUUCUGAACAUGGGCUCAGCUGGGGAGAGGGUACAGACCAUUGGGAAUCAGAUGGACCUAUUAAAUAUUGCCAAUGACCCUUCCAAUGUGGACUUGCUAAGUGGGCACACAUCAGUUCCUGCUUCCAGUUCAACUGGGCCAGACUUGCUUGGCUUGUCAAGCUCUAAUGAUAACUUUGAUCCCUUCCAACAAUUCUCGGCUGUUCCUUCUUCUAAGCCUGACCUUAUGACAUCUAAUACACCAGCAGCCAAUGAUGUGUUUGACCCGUUUCAGAAAUUUUCAAACAGUUUUCAGGCCCCUGCUGCCACCCCUGCACCAGCUACAUCACAGCAAAGCAAAUCUAAGGCUGAUGAUGACUUUUUUGCAUUUAUAGAAGAUACACAAAGUAGCUCUAAUAAAGACCCUGAGCCAGAUCUAAUGACUGGCUGGAAUGCCAAAGACCUUAAAAAUUUUUCUGGUGUUUCCAAAUCCCCAACACACAACUUGACUCCAGGUGUCAGUGGAAUGCACAAAAGUGCUAGUACUGGUUCAGCAAUGAACUUUGGUAGCAUGAUGCAAGAUCAAACAGGUAGAAAUUCACCAUUGUCUGGCAUGGGAAUGAUGGGAAGUGGAAUGGGACCAGUUCCUAAACAAGAUCCAUUUGCUGACUUAGGAAAUCUAGGUGCUAAGAGUUCAUUUAAAGGAUCCAAUCCAUCAUUUUCACAAAAACAACAGCCGUCUGCAAUGGGAGCGAUGUCAGGAAUGUCUGCAGCAGGACUUCAGCCCAGACCUGCUUUUCAAAGCCCUGCAGCUCAACCACCAAGGCCCCAGCAACAACAGUCACCUCAACUCAGGCCUCAGCAGCCACAAGCAUUUUCUAAACCAAACUACUCAAGCAGUGUCAUUGGUGAUAGAGAAGACAGGAGCGCACGCAAGAACUUUGGUCCCAAGCCAAAGGUUACUGCUGACACAUUCAAUGAUUUAUUAGGAGAACAUCAGUUUAGUAGCCGCAAGGAUGAACCAAAGACACUUGGUGACAUGAAGAAAAAACAGAUGGCAGAAGAAAUGGAUCCUAUAAAACUAAAAGUCAUGGAGUGGACAAAAGGCAAAGAAAAAAAUAUUCGAGCUCUUCUAUGUUCACUUGGAUCAGUUUUAUGGGAUGGUGAGGCUAGAUGGCAACCAAUAGGAAUGCACCAGCUUGUUACCCCAGAUCAAGUGAAGAAAGUCUAUAGAAAAGCUGUCUUAUCUGUUCACCCUGAUAAGUUGACAGAUGAUCCCAACCAGCCUCUAGCUAAGCUUAUCUUUAUGGAACUCAAUGAUGCCUGGGCCAAAUUUGAAGAGGAAGGUUGCAAGGCGUUGUACUAAUUUCCACCUGUUAGAUUUGUACAGAUGAUAUGCAAAAUGUAUGCAAAUAUUGCUUUUAUAUAAUAAAAAAGGACCUACUUGUUCUGUAGUUAGAGAGUAAAUUAUUAAUUAUACUAUGUAGAUCAUAGCCUUAUUUAGGGUUCUAAUCUUUUUUUUUUUCAAUUCAGUACAAUUUAUCAUGUGUUCUGUAUUUUUACAACAGAUAAUGUCAUUUUUCUUUAAAACUGGUUAGCUAGUACAAUUGAACUUGUGACCAUUAGAUCCAUCUAUUUGUUAUAUUUAUUGAAUUGCUCUUCCCGUGACCAAAUUUGUUCACAUUUAGCCAAGCUUUGAUGUAUGUUAUUUUGAAGAAGAUUAAUUUUUCUUUUCUUGUUCAAUGGAAACAAAGUCUUGUACUGGAGAAAGUAUGGAGAUUUGGAAUGCGUUUUCAUUGUUUUUAUUUGUUAUUUUAUUUGUCAUGGAUGUUCAUUGAAACUCAGUAAUUUGCCAAUUGUCCUACUUUGUGCUGAAUCUGUUUAAAAAUAAACAGUACAACAAAGCAUUUUAUUUGAUUGAAAUAUUUCUUUUGUUCUACGAUCAUAAAUAAUAUGUCACUUUCAUCGACCAUUUUUUUUCUCUGUUACAAAAUGUCAUCUGUUUGCUGGAUUUGUUAGUUCUAGAUUGUGAAUUCAGACUGUGACUUACUUGUUUGCUGAUAAUAAACAUUCUGUGAUAACAUUGACUGUAAUCUUUGAAUGUUAGCAACUCAAAAUUAUAUAUAAGGAAGAAACACACAAAAAAACAACAAAAAAACUCUCAUUGUUCAACAAUGUUCUCUUUUUUUUAAAUAUUGGGGGGACCAUAUGUAUUGUAUUCCAUUUAUUUAUAAACCUAUUGAAAGUUAAAUUGUACUUAAUAUCAUCUACUCUUAACAAUUUUACUUAAAAGUUGUUUUUUUCUACUUUGUAGCAAAGACAUUUCUAAUUUUGUUUAAUUUCAUAUAUCAUUCCAAUUUUUUAAAAUUCAAAAUCUCCAUUCCCCAUAUACAAUACUAAAACUUAGUAUAUUAAAGAGCAAAUUUUAAUGUUAAUAUAUUGUGCGCAUUUGUUUUUAUUAUUAAAGACAAUUACUAAAUGCCAAUAAAAAAUGUUUUAUUCAAAAACAUAAAGUUUGGUGAAGGCAUUCUAUUUCAGCAUGUUAGCUAGGAUAUACUUUCAUGGUUUCUAAAGUUAUAAAAACUUUCUGACCCAUAAUUUACUAAUAGGAUAUAUUGAACUCAUACACUGGCUGUAGUAAGUAGUUAACUAUUAUCAGCAUUUGACCUUUUGUUUAAAUUGUCAGGGCAUAUCUUUCAAUAAGGUCCAUUGUGACUUAAAAUUUCUUGCGCUUGUGAAAUAGCAUGUCUUAAGAGCUAGCAGGGUUAUGUAUGCUAGAUUUUCACUACUAUACAGACCCUUAAAUAAUAAUUUAUUUCAAUUUUUUUUUUUCUUGACAUAAAGUAUGACUGCAAUUUAAGAUAUACAAAAAUGAAGGAUUGGUAGAACAUUCUUCCCAUGCUACUAAAAAUUCCUUAAGUGUUACCAUCGUAGUUUGCUUGUAACUAUAUUUUAAUAAUCAAUAUGGCUUGCAUUGUUUUAAGAACUUCCAAAUUAAAUGCUUUUUUGUUAACUAGUGAUGAAGCAUUUCUUGAAUUGCCAGUAGAGUUUACUUAUGAAUGGGUAGUAAUUUAAAGUGUGCAUUAGCUGUAAGAGAUGUUGAACUAGUAUUCAUUUUUUAAUACAACUUUCUAUAGAAUGGAAACUAAUAUUCCAUUUCUAAUCAAAUUGUUAUUUCUGUUCUCUGAGCCUUAUAUCAAUGAACUGCUACAUAAUACAUAAUAUAACCUCCAGAUGAGUAGAGACCAAACUCAGGCUGUUCUUGAAAUGAACAGAUUUUAUGUUCCAUAAGAGUCAGCAAUAUUAAACCAAGAACUUGUCUGGUUACAAACAUUUGUUUUGUUGUAGUAACUGCCACUUGUCUUUACCAAUAACAUAUAUGAUCUUAUCAUUUAGACACUACUUUAAAAAAAAAAAAAAAGACAUAAUAUACAACUAUAUAGUUUUAUCCUAUAUAACAAGUAACUAUGUAGCAUUAAACACAGAAGAAUUGCUUAAUGUGUAUAUAAAAUGAAACUGGUUUAACAGAGUAAACUAAACAAAGUAGUGUUUAAUAAUUUAGGUAUAUCUCCACCUUUUUUUUUUUUAAAUACAAAUUGUUAUACUAUGUGUUCUAAUUUUGUAAAAGAUCAUAAUAUCCAUUGAUAAUUUUAAAAAGUCAUGAACUUCAACACGUAUUUUUCUCUUAAGGAAUAUGAUUGAAAUAGAUAGAACAAAAAAAAAACUUAUAGCUGUAAAAUUCAACGGUUUAAAUGCAGAAAGUGUAAACCAAUCAUUUUUACAUCUCAUUGAUUCAUUUUGAGUUGAAGAGCCUUGGUGUAUGCUAGAGAUAUUUUAGUUUAGUCAUUUUUAGAUUCAAUGUUGUACUUUAACAUGAUUGUUCAGAAAGUAGGAGCACUUUUUAAUUUGCUUUAACAUUUGGUCCUCCCAGCUCUGGAGGGUCUAUUCAAAUGUAACAUUUUUGUCUAUUUGUAUAUAUGCAUGUUCACAAGAUGUGCAAUAAAUUAUUGUGGGAAUAGAUAUUAACAAUUGUAAAUAAAUAGCUUAUAGCCUAUUGAA